AUGGACCACUCGAUGCAUCAGAUGGGGAUGGACAUGGACCAUGGUCAUGACCAUGGCGAUAUGGAUAUGGGCGGACAGUGCAGCAUGAAUAUGCUUUUCACCUGGUCUUCCGAGAACCUCUGCAUCAUCUUCUCCCAGUGGCGCGUUACGGGCACUUGGUCCCUCCUGGGCUCGCUGGUGGUGAUCGUGCUGCUGACGGCGGGCUACGAGGGGAUUCGACAGCUUACAAGGCGGGUGGAGGCGGCUCACGCGAAGAGGCUGAGCGCGUAUACUAGUACGGUUGCAACGGGAGGCAGCGAGAUCCACGACGAUUCUGCGACGGCCAAUAUCCCUUCCAGCCAGGCUCUGCCGGUCCCGAACACCAGCUCACCGCUAGUUGUAGGCAGGGAUAGCAGGAGGGCAGUCGAGCAGAGAGGGAAGAUCACCUUGGCCGCAUUGUAUGCCGUCCAGGUCUUCUAUAGCUUUUUCAUCAUGCUGCUCUUCAUGACCUAUAACGGCUUUGUCAUGCUUGCAGUCGCUGUCGGCGCGUUCGUAGGAUACCUGGCCUUUGGAGAUAAUACGUCCGCCAGCAAAACAGUUGCCUGCCAUUAA